UGCCUUGUCGGAUCCCACUACAACCCUUCUCGCCUCCGACCAGGCCCGAAAGGAAAAAGCCUUCCCGGCCGCCCCGCCCCCGCCGCGCUCGCCAUGGACUUCUCUGAACAGGACGUCGACGUCUUCGGCGAGGACUACGACGUCCAAGACGGCGGCGCUGAGGCUGAGGCCGACGGCGGCGGCGACUCGUCGGGCUCGUCCUCCCCGUCCUCAUCCUCAUCGUCCUCCGCCGCCGCGUCCUCCUCAUCCUCCAGUGGCGGCUCAAGCCGCAGCAGCAGCGACGGUGCUGGCGGCGAGGGCGAGGACGGCGCCGACGAGGGGGACGGCGAGGAGUACGAUUCGUCCAACCUCGUGGGGACGAGGGGCACCGGCGCCGGUGGCUACCGGGACGACGAGAGGGGGGAGGAUGGGGACGAGGAGGUAGAGGAAGAGAGGGAUUUGUUCGGCUCCGACAACGAGGAUUACGUCAGAACCCCCGCGCGCAGCCAGUACCUAGUCCCAGUGCUUCCUGCAAUUCGGAACACUAAUAAUCAUUCCCGAGGAGGCUUUGGAGGACGAGGUGGCAGAGGUCCACCACUUCUUCCGAGACCAGGAGGUCAUCCAGGGCGACAUAACUUUGGCUAUGGUAGAUUUGGGAAUGGGCGUAAUGUCGAAGGUUUUGUUUCAGACCUGAAGCUUAAUAAGAGCGAAGAAACAUUGUCUAGAAAAGCUGUUGCUUUUCAGGAGCCUUAUGAGAUCGCAUGCUUAAGCCGCGUUGAGGGUGGAGGUGUGUUCUUUGAUGAUCGCAGCUUGAGGCUCUUCAAACGUGAAAUUUGUGACUAUGUCGGUGCAGAUCUCAAUAAAGGAUUCGAGUCAUUUAUAGAGAAGAAAGAUUUGGGCUCUGAAGGAUUUGGCGAUCUUCUCGCAUGCAUAAGAAGUACGAGCAUAAUUCUUCAGAAUAAUAUACAUUUUGUGACAUACCGCAAUAAUCUUAACAAGAUAUUGGCCACUGCUUACCUAAGAGAACCAUGGAAGAUGGGCGUUCACAAAAGAAGGGGUGUUGUAUACCUUGAUGUUCAUAAGCUCCCUGAAAGACCAAAAAGUGAGAUGGAGCGUAGGAGAUGUUAUUGGGGCUAUUCUUUUGAAAACCUUGCCACUGAGAACUCCUUAAGUGAGGAUGGGGGAGGUAUUGAUGCAAAUGUAGAGUAUUGUUCUGUAAUAAAGACAAAAUUGGGUGCCCAUCGCAUUAUUAUGGGUGCUGAGAUGGACUGCUGUGAUGCAACUGAUGAUGGCAGGCGAUUCUAUGUGGAGUUGAAAACAAGCAGAGAGCUGGAGUACCAUACAUUGGAAGCAUAUGAGAAAGAAAAGCUACUUAGGUUUUGGAUUCAAUCAUUCCUGGCUGGUGUUCCUUAUGUUGUUGUGGGAUUCAGGAAUGAUGCUGGCAUACUCGUGCGUACAGAAAGACUAAGAACUAAAGAUAUUACACAAAAGGUGAAGGCAAAGAACUACUGGCAGGGUGGUGUUUGCCUGGCCUUCGCUGAUGAGGUCUUAUGCUGGCUGUAUGGGACUGUCAAAGAGAACGAAGACUAUGUUCUGCAAUUUGUACAUCCAUUUAAUCGCUUGGAACUUCUACGUGCCCAGUCUCCCUGCCCUGAAGCCAUAACUUUGCAUGUGCAGCAGCUCUCAGGUGCAGCAGAUUAGAUUCUAUUAUAGACAUGACUUCAGCGGUGACAACUACCUUGGAGAAAGUUCCAUGGGCUCCAGUUCUAUCAGAUGAGCUAGAAUUGUUGAGCUGACAACUUACUCUAACCCAAUCACCAAGCGAGAUGAGCUGAUGCAUCAAGAGCUAAUGGCAUCGAUCACCGGGAGCAGCUACAUCCAUGGUGCACUCUCUGAGUGGCCAAAGAGAUUUUGAACCCAUCAAAGAUUGUAUUUUGAUUGUAACAUUAUGUUAUAAACUAGAGAGAUGAAGAGCUAUAGUACUAUGCUACUGGUUCGAGUUAUCAAUCAUGUAAACUGUACCAUUGAUGAGAUGAAUGUUGAACAUCCAAAUAGCCAUAGUUGUUGCCAGUUAUAU